UAUUUAAGGAAUGCCUCGGAUACCGGCGAAUCGUGAUAGACUCCGAAUAUUUUAUAACACAUUGUGGCGGUUUUUAUAUACUAUCGAUAAUUGCUAACGACGUUCGCUGCAUGAUUAUAUCGUUAAAUCUGUUUACACCUUACAAACACUGUAAUUAGUUUCUUUAAGGAAGACAUGGAGUCAAAGCAAACAGGUAGCUCGGGGCUGAAGAGCGUGAAGGAUCGUCCGUCCUCAGACGUCCACGCGAAGAAGCUUCAGGCUCGCGAGUCCCGCUGCGGACCCGACGUAGCUCGUGCACGAUGGACAAUCCUGAGACGGGUGUUGAGGCGGAAGCACCUGGACGGUGCGGAGGUUCAGCAGGUGUCAGUGCGCAGGUUCUCCUCCUUCAACCUGUUCUCUAGGACCGAGGUUCCCUCCUCUGAGACCGACGAGCCGUUGGAUGGGCAGUGGGUCGAGUACAGAAGUGGCUGCUUCCCCCAGUACAGUGCCUUUCUCAGAGAUGACCUGGGGCCCCUCAGAGUGGAUGAGGUGCUCAACAGCUUUGACAACACCGGAAAUGUCUGUGUUUGGCCUUCUGAAGAGGUGAUGGCCUACUACUGUGUGAAGAAACGUCAAAUGUUUACGGCUUCUGCUGUGUGUGAGUUGGGUGGAGGGAUGACAUGUCUUGCUGGGCUCAUGAUUGCAGUGUGCGCUGACGUGAAGGAAGUGCUUCUAUCUGAUGGGAAUGAGAAGGCCAUCCAGAACGUGCGUGGAGCUGUCAAAAGGAACAGACGGGCUGGUCUCCUCCGAUCCGCCGCCGUGUCCUGCAGGGUGGUGAGAUGGGACAGCCACGCGGAUGUCUCCGCCUUGGAGGGCCGCUUUGACGUGGUGCUGUGCGCUGACUGCUUGUUUCUUGACCAGUAUAGAGCCAGCCUUGUUGAUGCACUAAGGAGAUUGCUGCGACCUAAUGGAACAGCACUGAUAUUUGCCCCCACAAGGGGAGAUACACUAGCAGAGUUCUGCAGGCUGGCGGAGGACAUGGGCCUGUUUGUGUGCCGUUAUAACAACUAUGACUCACACAUAUGGGAGAUGCACCUGAAGAUGAAAAGAGAAGGGCCGGACGUGUAUGAUGAGAACAUCCACUAUCCCGUGCUGCUCACGCUCGCUCUCGGACCCAGCCCAGGACUCCUGCCACUGUGACCUCCCGACCUUCACACAAUCGGGCCUUUCUUUGCUCCCUUAACCCUAACCUUUUUAACCACAUUUUGCGUUUAAGGUUUUUUUUGUUUUUGUUUUGGUUUUUUUGGUUGUCGUUUGGUUGUGACUCUGUGAGGAGAGGGCGGGGGCGUUGACUUCGUGCACAUGUAAGUGUGUCUUUUUGUGUAUGUUUGAGUUGGUGUGUGAACUGAUGCCUGACCUUGUUACUGUGCAAUAAGAAUGUGUGAACUAUUCUAAUCACAGACAUGGCCUCACAGAACACAGCCAUCCUCUCAAGCACUGAAAACGCUGAAGACAGCAUAACAGUAAUAUCAUAUGAUGUCUCAAUGAAUAUUGCCAUUUUAAAUGCUGGCAAAACAUAGUGCUUUUAAAAGGUUUUAACCUAUUUAGUGGUUGGCCUACUUAUGUACCUCAGAAAUAAUCAUUUUAAUGUUACUGUGUUUAACCACAAUCUGUUCAUCAAAGCUAAAAGCUAGGUGAUAAACAGCUAUGGUGUAGUGAUUUCCAGGGUGUGCUCUGAAACACACCAAAGGCUCAAUGGAGGGGCGGGGCUUCUGGAUCACUGUGACACAAUCUCACUACUCAUCGCGAACGAUGAGACCUAUAAGAAUAUCACAUGCUAUACCAUACUGUCUGUCUGGCGACUUUGCCAUGUUAGAUAGAUUACAAGAAGACCUUCAACACUGUUCUGUCCUGCAGGGUGUUCCUUGACUGCACCCAGCCAAAGUGAUGAGGGGGUCAGGGAUGUGAGCUUCACCCACAGCAUGGAAUACAGGCAUUAUAUCUUGCGUGAGCUGAUGUAUGGGAAUUAAAAAUAAAAAGGUGCAUUAUGGUUUAAAUGUUGUAUUCCAUUUCCAGUGAGCUGGUAGACGUUGACAUAUCAACUAUCACAACAAAAUCUAAAAUACUUACUGGAUCAAAUUUUAAACAAUUUUGUGAUCCUAUCUGUCAAGGUAUAAUGUCAAGAUUUUUUAAAGUAUUAUAAUAAAUGGUGAAGAAAUGUAAAGUGUUGUCAGCUCUUUGUUCUGGGCUAGUUCUGUUUCACUCUAUUCACAGCUGCAACAGUUUGAGUUCCCUGCAAAUUUUUAUGUGGUGAUUGUUCUCCUAGACUGUGCUUCUGCACUGUGACUGUAUUUGCCACACUCCACAGAUGAGUCCAAAGUGAUUGUUUUCCACUAAUGAGGCAGGUGACUGUGAUUAAAACCUUUUUUUGAAACAA